CGGCGCCGCUGUGAGGCAGGCCCCGCCUCCGGCCCGCGGGGAUCUGCGCGGCGGCGGAGGCGGGACCUCUGGCGUCAGGCCCUGUGCCACCGUGAGCCCUGAGACUCCCUUCCUGCCACUGUUCUGAGUCAUGACGGAUGCCAAGUAUGUCCUCUGCCGAUGGGAGAAGCGACUGUGGCCUGCGAAGGUUUUGGCCCGAACUGAGGUGUCAGCGAAAAACAAGAGAAAAAAAGAAUUUUUUCUAGAUGUUCAAAUACUCUCCCUAAAGGAAAAGAUCCAGGUUAAGAGUUCCGCUGUGGAGGCGCUGCAGAAAUCGCACAUUGAGAACAUUGCCGCUUUCCUGGCCUCUCACAGUACAGUCACGGGGGUUGCUCCCCUGGAGGAGCUAACGUACCGACGCUCCCUGCGAGUGGCCCUGGACCUCCUGAAUGAGAGGGCCAGUUCGAGUCCUGAACGCCAUCUGACAGAAGAUGGGACCGCACCGUCUGAGCAGCCACACACAGAUGGGGCCUCGCAGGCCUCCAGCGCUCCCUCCCCAUCGAUUCUCAGCGAAGACUGUGAAGAUUUAGCGGCCCAGUGUGCACCCAAGAGCAGGUGGGAGUGUGCACCACAGAGCCUGCCGGGCUUGUCUGCUGUUGAAGAGGAUCCCAGCUGCAGAGUGGACCAGAAGACAGGCCUCUCAAAGAACGGAGCCCCGAGAGCUGGGGUGCCUUCCCCCACUGGAGGCGAGUCCCCCAAUGGUCCCGGGCCACAGCUGGACCAUGGACAGGAGGACACAACCAGUAAGAGGCAGAGAAGUUUGGGAGAGAGACCUCCCCGGCGCCGAAGAGUGGAGUCUCGCCUUUCUGAGGAAGAGGGUGUUGCAGAGAGCGGGGAGCAGGCCCGCUGCCAUGGGAGCCCAGCUUCACCUCAGCUGUCCUCGCAAAUCCAGGAGGAGGAGGAGGGCACUGGGGUCAAAGGCUGUGACCCGGCCAUGUCAUCAGGCAGCAACGGGCUGCCCCCGGCCUCUGAGAGAGGGAGAGGGCACCCCACAAAGAGGCCACGCUUGGAUGGAAGCCAGAACCCACCCCCUAGGCAGCUGGGGAUGAGGACUGUGGGGGCAGGGCCCUCCCCUCAUAGCUGCCCUGGGGAGGUUAUGAUGCUGCACAGCACUGGAGAUGGUGACAAACCAGAGGAAGAUCCUAUGUCCUCGGAAGAGUCCACAGGCUACAAGUCCAUCCACUCUCUGCUGGAGGAGGAGGAGGAAGAGGAGGAGCCACCCCGGAUCCUUCUGUAUCACGAACCACGAUCAUUUGAAGUAGGAAUGCUGGUCUGGCUUAAAUACCAAAAGUACCCGUUCUGGCCUGCUGUGGUCAAGAGUGUCCGGCGGAGAGACAAGAAAGCCAGCGUGCUCUUCAUUGAGGGCAACAUGAACCCCAAGGGCCGAGGAAUCACCGUGUCGCUGCGAAGGCUCAAGCACUUUGACUGCAAGGAAAAGCACGCCCUGCUGGAUAGAGCCAAGGAGGACUUUGCGCAGGCCAUCGGCUGGUGUGUCUCACUUAUCACCGACUACCGUGUGCGGCUCGGCUGUGGCUCGUUCGCUGGGUCUUUCUUGGAAUAUUAUGCUGCUGACAUCAGCUACCCUGUGCGCAAGUCUAUCCAACAGGACGUCCUGGGGACCAGGUUUCCCCAGCUGGGCACAGGGGACCCUGAGGUGCCUGUAGGGGACAGCCAGCCCGGCCAGUGGCGGCCGUGCAGGAAGGUGCUGCCCGACCGCUCCAGGGCUGCGAGGGACAGAGCCAACCAGAAGCUGGUGGAGUACAUUGUGAAGGCCAAGGGCGCGGAGAGCCACCUGCGGGCGAUCCUACACAGCCGCAAGCCCUCUCGCUGGCUGAAGACGUUCCUGAGCUCCGGCCAGUGUGUGACAUGUGUGGAGACAUACCUAGAGGACGAGGCACAGCUGGACCAGGUGGUGGAGUACCUGCAGGGCGUCUGCCGGGAUGUGGGCGGCAAAGGGCCUGCUUGUGGCAGCGGGGACCGCAUCCGCUUCAUCCUGGACGUGCUGCUGCCCGAGGCAAUCAUCUGCGCCAUUGCUGCAGUGGAGUCGGUGGACUACAGGACGGCAGAGCAGAAGUACAUCCGGGGCCCGACGCUCAGCUACCGGGAAAAGGAACUCUUUGACAACGAGCUCCUGGAGGAGAGGAGCCGGCGCCGGCGCUGAUGCCGCUGGAUGCUGCUGCGAGAGUGCCGCCGGGAGCCGCAGGCCCUGAGCCCUGAGCCUGGAGAAGCCGCUGGCAGCUGUGGGCAGCCGCUUCCUGGAAGUUGCUGUGCGUGUGUGCCCAUGUGUGUUUGGUUUUUUAAUUUUUGUAAUGUUUUGUUUAUAAAUGCGUUUGAAUGCAUAUAUGUCAUGGUCACUGCGCAGUGUGGCUGGCAUGUGCUCCUGUUUCACGUUGCUUAGUGUGUCAGCCCUACAGAAGCUCCUGGAAAGACUGAUUUGAACACAGCUCCUAGAGCAUUGACACAUCUCCCUGGCAGUGUUGUGCUUAUUUCUU